AAAACCCUAGGGAUUUAGCCUCAUCCCGGAGUUCUAACUCUGGAGCAACCAUGGCUUCAACACUGAUCGAAUGCCACGAAUUUGACUGCUUUCUUGGAGAAAAUUAUCAAACUGCGCUAAACAGAUUAAUCCAAGAAGUUUUGGACACUCCCUGGGAUCCCAAUUCCGAAAAGUUUUCAUCUUUGAGCUCAAACUUUCGAGAAUUACUGCUGUCUAAACCCAACCCCCCUCUAGAAACAAUCUGGUUUUAUUCGGGUUUAGCUUUUCGGAGUUCUUGUUCAACGGAAAAUGGUCGGCCUUCGAAUUGGUUUGCGUCCAUAAAAGAUUUGUUUCAGCUUAUUGUUGCUCGUUCCGCUUCAUUUAAUUCAUGGAAAAACAUUGUGUUGAUUGCGCCAGUUAUGUAUGAGUUGUUUCGGUUUAUGGUUGAUUUCAAGGCUCUUGAGAUGAAACCGAAAAAGAAGAAGAAACUGGUAGAAGAGGUUAAGGAUUUGGUUGGUUCAAUUCUUGGGUAUGUUAAUGUAUGCUGUGAGGGGCUGGGCAGUAACUUUGAUGAUAUGGAGGGUCUUAUUAAGCCGGUAGGGGAUUUAGUUGAUGUUUGGAUUGGGGAUAAGGGGAAGGGAGAUGGGAAUGCUAGUUUGAGAGAAUUUUUUCCGCUUUUGAGCCAUCAAGCUGUUGGAAGGAUUAGUGGUGGAGAGCUAGAACUGAAUGAGUUGGCUGGUUUUGUGAUUGCAGAAGCGUUUUUGUUUAAGUUGUGCUUCGAAUUUAAUGAAGGUGGUUCGAAAAAGAAGUUGCAGAGUGAGAUGAGGUCCUGGAUUGUGUGUUCUAUUAGCAGGCUUCAGAAUCCCUUCUUUUAUGGGACGCUUCUAAUGAUGCUGCUGGAGCCAUCUUUACCAACGGCCUCCCUACUGACUGCCGAGGGCGAGAUGUUUCUUAGGGAGCUUUUAUUUGAUGCCUUGAUAUUAGUGGAUUAUUCUUUCCUUGAGCCUAAGCGAAUGACAGAGCUACCAGACAUGUUCGUUCGAGGUAUUUCCAUGGCAAGAUUGAUCGUCACCACUGAAGCGAUACAGUUGUAUAGGAAACGAGGGAACCAUAAGAAAGCGGUCUCGUAUUCCAGCGCCUUUUCUGCUUCGAGUUUACCUUCUCAAAUAAUUAAAUUGGUCAGAAAUGAGAUAGACAAGGAGGGCAACGCUAAUGAACCCAACGGUGCAUCCCCAGCUGCACUGUUGAGGUGGAUCCUUGAUAUAGAAAGCCACGGGACAAGAAUUUUCGAUGACAAUAUGUCAAAAAUCUGUGCCAAACUUGUGAUAGAUAAUGCUAAUGAAGACACGAAGCAACCUGUUCGCAAGAGUAGCAGUAAAAAAUCGGAUGAAGAUCUUCUCUUUUACAUCGAUAACAAGGGAGAAGAAGAUGAGAGCGAUGAAGAGGAUAACGAGAAUGAGGAUGAUGAAGAGAUGAAGGAAUCCAUGAGUGCCGCCUUUGUUGCUGCUGCCCACACAAUGCAGAGCGCAGAACCCAAACAGAAAAAGCGGAAAGGGAGAGAAGCGGAGAGGAAGAAAGUGAAGUUUGUGAAGCACAACCUCUACAACGACUCCCAAUUAUCGGGUGGUGAGUCUACGAUCCUACAGAAAGACGAUUCAGAGAGUGGGAGUGAGGUCGAGAACCCAUCCUCUGAUGAUGAUUGAUGAUAGGGAGCAGAGUGAAGCUGGUGUUUUUCAAAGCCAACCUUUUUGUUUGUUUGUUUGUUUGAGGUUGUAGCAAUUAUAUAGGCUGCUCAAAUCUUAGGCUUAUAUUGUCUAAGACAUUAUAGUCUAGUAGCAUAAACGCAUUUUAAAUUCAUGUUCUUCAUAUGUACCCCAAAAAAAGUUCUCUUCGGACCUAAACCAUUUUCGAAAUUAAGAAAUGUUACCUUUA